CAGGCGAGAGCAGCCUGUGGAAGGGUGGAGACGCCGCAUGAGGAGACCUCGGCGACUCCAGUCAAGUAUCGGUGCGGGGUACCCUGGAGGCGGACCGAAGGCUGGCCGAGGACUCUGCCCACCGCUGGCGCGGGGAGGAGAGCGAGAACCGCCUGAGCCGGGUGUACCUUUCGCGCCCUGCGUUCCCAGCCUGGCCCUCAGCCCGCGGCCCUGAAAAAGGGGCGGGGGAUCGGAGUUGGCGGGGAGAUCCCGGUGAAAUAGGUUUCUCUGCAGAUCCAGCGCCGUUAAACCCUGCGAACGCACACUUUUUAAAACAUGAAGAAAUUAAGGCUUAAGGAACUAGAGAGUCGCCUGCAACAAGUGGAUGGAUUCGAAAAGCCCAAGCUCCUUCUAGAACAGUAUCCAACCAGGCCGCACAUUGCAGCAUGUAUGCUCUAUACAAUUCAUAACACAUAUGAUGACAUUGAAAAUAAAGUGGUUGCAGAUCUAGGAUGUGGCUGUGGAGUGCUUAGCAUUGGAACUGCAAUGCUGGGAGCAGGGUUGUGUGUUGGAUUUGACAUAGAUGAAGAUGCAUUGGAAAUAUUUAAUAGGAAUGUAGAAGAGUUUGAGUUAACAAAUGUUGACAUGGUUCAGUGUGAUGUGUGCUCAUUAUCUAACAGAAUGCCCAAGUCAUUUGAUACAGUAAUUAUGAAUCCUCCCUUUGGGACCAAAAAUAAUAAAGGGACAGAUAUGGCCUUUCUGAAGACUGCUUUGGAAAUGGCAAGAACGGCAGUAUAUUCUUUACACAAAUCCUCAACUAGAGAACAUAUUCAAAAGAAAGCUGCAGAAUGGAAAAUCAAGAUAGAUAUUAUUGCAGAGCUACGAUAUGACCUGCCGGCAUCAUACAAGUUUCAUAAAAGAAAAUCAGUGGACAUUGAAGUGGACCUAAUUCGGUUUUCUUUUUAAAAGCCUCCAAAGACAAAAGCAGCUUAAAAUCUAAUUAAAAUGAAUAAAAAA